AUGACCUUCAAAAACAUAGUAGUUGCGGGUAGCUCGGGAAACUCUGCAGACCAUGUUCUCAGCGCCUUUUUGAACAGCCAAAGACCUAAGUUUGACGUUACCGUGCUUACUCGCAGCAACAGUGACAAGAAAGUUUCCGUGCCUGGUGCCCGGGUUGUGCCGGUCAACUAUGCUGAGAAGGAAGAGCUUGUGAAGGCGAUCACCGGGGCAGACGCUAUCAUCAAUCUUGUUAGUAGCAAGGUAGGGAGUGUAGUAGACGGGCAGUUGCUGGAAGCAGCCAAAGAAUCCGGGGUUCGCCGUUUCUUUCCCUCCGGGUGUGGUAUGGAAUUGCUGCACCCCGGUGCUGUUGCCCUGUUCACACAGGCUGAUGGAAGUCCCCUAGCACCCGGCUUGGCCCCGGUUCAAGAAUCUCGCAAGUUCGUAGCUCUCGGGGAAAGCAACUCCGCAGUGAGUUACACUGCGCUAGUUCCCUCGCUUUUCAUUGAUGCUGCACUCGAAGGCCGUUUUGGAACCAUUGCGCCUCAGAAACGUGAGGUCGAUUUUUUUGAUGGAGGUGAGCACUAUUUUACCGGUACUUCGCUGCCAUUUUUGGCGCAGUCUUUUGUUGCGGUCUUGCAGAUGGACGAAGUAAAGACGAUAAACAAACGUAUUCGCAUUGCCGAGGUCCGCACCACGUCGAAGCAGAUUGCAGAGACUUUUGAGGAGGUUACCGGCUCAAGGUUUGAGAAAGUUUACGUAAGUCUGGAAGAAACGCUCAAAAGGCGCGACAAGGCACUGGAAGAGGGACAAGUUUUCCCAGCUUUUUUCAUCAGCCUAGUAACGGUUCUUUUCAACGGUUCGGGGGCUGCAGACAUCGAAGACGGGUUGCAGUUUGAUGGUGGCGGGUUUUUGAACGUGAAAAGGAAGUCGCUCGAGAAGCUUGUCACAGAGGCCGCCAAGAACGUUGGUAUUGCUUGA